AUGGUAGACAGCACGGACCCUGUCGUGGUCGCACCGGCUGCUCAGCUAUCGUUUCCCCCCUUCCCCAAAACGCCUCGUGUCGUGAAAAUCAAGACCGCCCAAUCUUGGAAAGCUCCUGGUAUAUGGCUAAUCUCUAACCGCGCUGAAGCUACCCCCCAUGAUGCCAAUGGAACCGCCUUAAUCACGAUAGGUAAACCAUUUGCUGGCAUUGAUAUCACCUUGGAAGAGAAGGAAGAGCUGCGAAGAAGCAAACGCAGAGAAACCUAUCACAGAAAGAAGGAUGCGGAGGGUAGACCAGGUUUGCGAAUCGCUCAGGACGAUUGCUGGAAAAUAGGACAGGUAGACUGCGCAUGGCAGGAGCCAGACAACACUAGUCUCUCCGAUUUUGACAUAGACUUUCUCUACUCUCGACACGCUGAAUUUCAAUUCAGAAGAAACAAACGAUUAUUCGACCUGCUCCGAAACGCUCUUGGAAUCAAGAGCAACUUCAUAGGAAGUCACUGGCCCGGCUCUGGUCCCAACGGAGUCGGCUACGUGGCCCCUAGUAGCGUAACCAAUGGUGGAGGAGAAUAUUUCCAUUCUGCUCUCGACUCCUUGGACCAAAAAGGAUCUAUCGACGAAGAAGUCUGCGUCCUUUUGCGUCGACCAGAAACGAGUAUCCGAGGAUUCCUUGCGCUUGCUAAACGAGAAGCUGAAGCCGCCUGGUGA